UUUGCGCUCCUCUCAUCUAUAUAAAGUUACUUUUCAUUUCUCAUUUCAAAUCCACCCGACCCGGCGAAUUGUUUGAAUCGCUGAAUUGCUGGGAAAAGUGAAUUGUGUAAAUCAGUGUGUGCGGAAAGAAGCGGCGAGCAAACACUAAAGCCAAAGCUAAUAUAGCCACCAAAAACAUAACUCCUUAGACCCACCACAAUGAUCAAUAUGGAUAUUAGUGUUACGCCCAACUAUUCGUACAUCUUCGAUUUUGAGAACGACUUCAUACACCAGCGCACGCGCAAAUGGAUGCUAGAGAACUGGACAUGGGUGUUCUACUACUGCGGCAUCUACAUGCUGGUCAUAUUCGGUGGUCAGCACUUUAUGCAGAAUCGGCCGAGAUUUCAACUGCGAGGCCCGCUCAUCAUAUGGAACACAAUGCUGGCCAUGUUUAGUAUUAUGGGAGCUGCUCGAACGGCGCCGGAGCUGAUUCACGUGCUGCGUCACUACGGACUCUUCCACUCCGUCUGCGUGCCCAGCUACAUCGAGCAAGAUCGCGUGUGCGGCUUCUGGACCUGGCUUUUCGUACUCAGCAAGCUGCCGGAGCUGGGCGACACGAUAUUCAUUGUGCUGCGCAAACAGCCCCUGAUCUUCCUGCACUGGUAUCAUCACAUCACUGUGCUGAUCUACUCUUGGUUCAGCUACACGGAAUACACCAGCUCUGCACGCUGGUUCAUCGUGAUGAACUACUGCGUGCACUCGGUGAUGUACAGCUACUACGCUUUGAAGGCAGCCCGCUUUAAUCCGCCCAGAUUCAUUGCCAUGAUCAUCACGUCGCUGCAGCUGACGCAGAUGAUUAUCGGGUGUGCGAUUAACGUCUGGGCCAACGGCUUCCUGAAGACGCACGGCACUCAGUCGUGUCACAUUUCGCAGCGUAAUAUCAACCUGUCGAUUGCCAUGUACUUCAGCUACUUUGUCCUGUUUGCGCGCUUCUUCUACAAGGCAUACCUGGCGCCCGGUGGCAACAAGAGCCGGCGCAUGGCCGCCUCCCUUGCUGCCCAGAAUGCUGUUAAGCAGUCACCGCCCCAGAUCAGCGAGAGCUCCAAGUUCAUUGCUGGCGCUGGCGAGGAUCAGUCUGCCGCCUAUCUGCGUCGAACUAAGGCGCAGUAAGGAUGCCCGGUGCAACUCCCACAUCACUACACUACAAGCACCACAGCACACCACACACACCUACCACUUCCUCCCCCUGUUAACGGCUAAGGACCUUUAUUUAUGUAGAGCGGUGUACAAGUUGUUUUUUAAUUUUAAUCCUCAGAUACACACGUACAGACAGAUACACACACAGGACCGGUCGGGAGAGAGUUUAAUUUGUAAGCGAAAAGUUGUAAAAGGGGUGGGUGGACAGGCAACCUAACCAUAUAUCUGAACAUGUAUAUAAGAAACACACACAGAAACACAGACAAACCUGAUGAAAGCUAAACGAAAACCUAGAGCCAGCGUAGAACUGUAGGUGUAGAAGAAGUCCAGCCUAAGCGGGAGAGAUAUUGAGGAGCCCUUACGCUAAGGGGGAAUUAGUUGCUUAAAUAGUUACUGCCUCAGUUUUUGGCAUAAGUUCAAUUUAUAGUCACUCUCUCUAUCUGAAUCCUAUUCAAACGCUGUGUUUCCCCAGCUGCAGUUCUAUGCCAUUGAUCCCUUUAUGCGUGUGUUGUCAAGUAAGCCCAAAGUCGUUUAUAUACUAAAAUAUAUAUAUAGAUUAUAUUGUUUGCAAAACUAAUGACAGCCUCUAAACAAUAGCAACGCGGCCAGAAAACAAAUUUAAUCCGGAGUAUCGCAGAGCUUACUCCAAGCUCCAAAACUCCUGGGCCUUGUGUUAUGCAAUAUUUGCCUCCUCAGGUGGGAUUUUGUGUUGUUGCCUCCCAAAGUGUUUAGUUAAAAUUCUCAGCAAAAGAAGGUCACAGACUCCUCGGCUCCAUUGCUUUGCGAUUGAUAGUCAUAUUCAGAGAGCUUUGUCUUCGGUUUGAAUUGUAGCUCGGGGUCUGAGAACUUUGUACUCUAAGUCUAUACGCAUAUAUAAAUAUAUAUAUUUAUAAAAUCUAUAUUAAUGGAAUAUUAAACGAAAAGCGAAUGAUGAGUAAAAACCAUUUACCAACAAACCAAUAAUAACAGCAAGAAACCCUAUAAUUUAGUCUAUUAUUGUUCCAAAAGAUCCAGAGCGCAAAUUGUUAUUUUGUAAAGUAAUAAAACUUUUUGAAUUCUGUAUAAAUUAAUAAAUAACCUUUGUAAUAGUUGCAUUAUUGAUCACUCCCAUAAGUUCUGCUGUCUGAUGGGAAUAAAAAAAGUUAUAGCACCCAGUCACGCAGCAUUAUUUUUUAGGGAGAAUCAUAAUAAGUGCUGUGAAGAAGGUUGCUAUUCAGUUAGGGGAAGGCAUUUAUUUUAGUUAAAAACUGUGUUGAAUGCAUUUCUUUAUUAUUUCAUGUACACUCUGCUUAAAAAAAACUUGGAAAAUGGAAAACAGAAAGUUUCUACACAAAAAGAAAAGUCCUUGUACGUAACGAAUGAAAACACAAAUUAACAAAAGAAAACAAAUUUAAAUUAUAUUUAUAUUUGUAAGCGAAAGAGGGAAGAAAAUUAAGAGCAAAAGUCCUACUUGAAAAGUUAAUUUAGUGUAAAACAAAGAAACUUUAACUGAAACUGAAACUGAACUUGCAAAUGAUAAUGAAAGUGAAGCUGAAGGGAGGAUCGUGUGAAUGGAGAGGAGUUACUCUACAAAAGUCGAGAAAGAUAAUGAAAUUGAAACGAACAAAUUUAACACUUUCGUUGGGUAGAAAUACUAAGCGAAAACUAAGUGAAACAAAACUAAAAUUGAGAAUGCUAAAAAGAAAAACCAACGGAUAAAUAA